AUGUUUGUCAGACAAACAAGAACCUUGACGCUGGCGUACUGGAACACUUUGGCCAAAAACGGCACAACUUGUGACUCAAACACAGCGGCUAACUUUGUGCUCUGUAGUUCUGUCUCGCUUUUGAUCUCCACUAUGGUGGCAAAAAUGUCCAAUGUGAGCUCAAAGGCCUUUAAACUCUCUUUUUCUUCCGGAGCAGUGUCCACAAGCUUAUUGGUGAUGUUCAGCAGACUGUCUGCUAUUUGCACUGUCUGGUCGUCGUCCAAACCGUUGGAGAACUCGAGCGUCUGGAAAUGUAGUCCAAGAAGGUACACCUUGGAAAGGUCGUUGGAAACGUUCAGACUGCCAAAGAUCUGCUUGACACUGUCGUCCUGCGAAAAGGCCUCGAUGAAAGGCGUGGAAAUCGUCGACAAAUCGUACAGGAACUCCAAACUGGUCAAGGUGAGGCUCUUUGACAGGUUCUUCUCGAUCAGCGUGAUGACAAACUUGGGUAUUCCACUUGCAACCAUCUUAGGGAAAAUGUCCGAGUGGAAAACUUCGGUGGAAAUCUCUAGCGAAAGAGACCCAAGACAUGCGAUGAUAUUUUCAAUGAAAUCAAACAAUAACCUGCGCUGUUCGCCAGACACCUUUUCGUCUUUAAUGUGGUCGAGCGAGUUCUUGGCCUUGCUGAAAGAAUGCUCAAGAACUGUCCAUAUGUCGGAUCUCCAUAAAAACACACUCAAAUCGUACCCUUCCUCGAUAAUUAGGUUUCUCAAAAGGCCAAACGACUCCACCACCACCUCAUCACUGGAAUCAUGCACGAGCUUGGUCAAUAUCGUGCGAAUAAGGUCGCUUUUCAGGAAUAGUUUGCGGAUUUCAGGGUCUGUAUCGCAGAGAGUAUUAAUGGCUCCAACAGCCAUCGACCGGUCGUUCGUGGCGUCCGACUUGAGCUUGUCGAGCAACGGCGCAAUUUUCUGGAAGUCCUUGUCGUCCUGCGGGACGUUUUGCUUCCUCUGGCCAGCUAACUUGGCGCUUCUCGAUCUCUUCUUUAGCUUUGCCAUGAUUAAAAAAUUUUUGCUUAUGUCAACCCAAAAUAUUGGUGAUAUACCAAUCCUGGCUAUCAUGCUGGAAAACGGCGCUAGUUUGACUUUUCGGUCGGAUUCGUGA